GAGGGAUCGUCGAUCAAUGAAUCCUUGUUUGAUGGUUUUGAUCUGAUCAUAAGAAGAAGAAGAAGAAGACUAUGGCAACUUAUUACAAAACUGGCUCAAGUGAGAUUUAUUCCAGACCAGAAUUUGUCCCUGGAAACGCAAUGAGCUACACAAAUUCUUUCUCAGAGACUUUUCCUAGAGAAGCAACUACUAAUGUCUCAGCUUCUAAAGAGAUUCAAGUAUUGUCAAGUCUUGGUGGAGUUUCACAAAUGGUGGAGAUUCAAGAUUCUGGUUCUUGGAGAGAUCAAGAAGACAAUGACAGGAGUCGCUUCCCGGUGAUGAUGCGUCUUGGCCUCAGCUCGCAGAUUGAGACAUCGAGAGGCAAUAAUAACAAUGAGUAUGCAACACAGGUUGUUUCGGGAUUUACUCGAACCAUUCACAACUCAAAGUAUCUCAAGGCUGCUCAAGAGCUUCUUGAUGAAGCUGUUAAUGUUAAGAAAGCUCUGAAGCAGUUUCAGCCAGAGGGAGACAAGAUUGAUGAAGUGAAAGAGAAGAAUCAUCAGAUUAAUAUUGCUGAAAUCCCUCAAGCAGAGAGACAAGAACUGCAGAGCAAGUUGUCGAAACUUUUAUCGAUAUUAGAUGAGGUGGAUAGAAAUUACAAGCAGUACUACCAUCAGAUGCAGAUAGUUGUGUCAUCUUUCGAUGUAAUAGCGGGAUGUGGAGCAGCCAAACCAUACACGGCUCUUGCGCUUCAGACUAUUUCUAGGCAUUUUCGUUGCUUAAGGGAUGCGAUAUCCGGACAAAUCUUGGUGAUAAGGAAAAGUUUAGGAGGGGAGGAUGGAUCAGAUGGGAGAGGAGUGGGGAUAAGCAGGUUAAGGAAUGUUGAUCAACAGGUAAGGCAACAAAGAGCGUUGCAGCGGUUAGGUGUUAUGCAACCUCACACUUGGCGGCCUCAACGCGGUUUACCUGAUUCCUCUGUUUUGGUUCUCCGUGCUUGGCUGUUCGAGCAUUUCCUCCACCCUUAUCCAAAGGAUUCAGACAAGAUCAUGCUCGCUAGACAAACGGGGUUGAGCCGAGGCCAGGUGUCGAACUGGUUCAUAAAUGCGCGUGUGCGUCUCUGGAAACCGAUGGUGGAGGAGAUGUACAAGGAGGAAUUCACAGAUGCAUUGGAGGAGAAUGAUCCCAACCCGUCUUCUGAAAACACACCAGAAAUCACAGACAUUCAAGAGCAGCAAACUGAGUCUAGUUCCAACAACGGACGUGUAUCUAGUGUGCCAAGCAGUAGCAUUGGACAAAGCACGGUGGCCCGUGGUGGUGACCGGUUCAUGAUGGUGACUGACAUAACAAGAAAUGGUAGUGGUGGGAUGUCUUUAACAUUGGGGAUUCAGAAUUCCGACAGCGAUGUUCCUAUGUCCGGUGGGAUAGAUAACUACGAAAAUACCAUCCCGGGAACCGAUCUCCAAUACUUAAACUCUCGCAACCUCCAGCACCGGCUUGGCUCUUCACAAUUGUUGCAUGACUUUGUAGCUUGAUGAGGAGAAUAGAAAGGUGUCGAAAUGUAUUCUUUUGUGAAAGUAAACCCAAAAAGACGAAAUUGUAGAUUAAUGAGAAGACAUGAGAAGGUGAACACAAUCUGAGAUUAGAUACGAUUUGUUCUUCCUACUUUAAUGUAAUAGACUAAUUAUAUGGUC